CCCUCCGGGCUCGGUUUUCAGCCGCAGUUUCCACUGCCUCUCUUCGGGGGAGGCCCGGUCCGUCUGGGCUGGGCAUCCCGGGUGACCCCCGAGGGGCAAGGAGAGCGGCCUGCCCACCCGCCUGGGGCUGCCCGUCUGUCUUACCACCUGUCCGAGGCCUCCCCUGACCUUUCCUGGCUCUUGCCUCCUUCCCUAAUCGUUGCCUUGGCCGCAGGAGCCCGUCGGGGCUUCCCCGUUUGCGCCGUCUCUUCUCCGGCCCGGAGAUGAGCUCGGCCCCGACUUCGGCGAGCGGAUCCUUUUCCGGCGGCAACAGCCACCAUCCGAGGCCCUUCUUCUACGCCCAGCCGAGCCCUUGGUACCCGAAUCAAAUCUACAGCCCCUACUGCGUGCCCGCGACAGGCUUCCGGAAUGGCAACCCCUAUCUUCCGUACUACUCGUUCGGCCUUCCCGACUACCCCGGGUUUCUUGUGCCCCAGCCCUCGGUGCCCACGAGGGUGAACUGCAGACCGUAUUUUAACCCUCCCUCUCCCGUGUUUUACCACACCGCACGCUUCCGCCAGCACGGCGCUCCGGGGAAGAGGACGGAGACCAAGGAGACCCAGACGGACGCCCGACAGCCGGAAAGCCAGGAGAAGAAGCCCCGGGAGCGCCGAGCGGGGCUGGACGGCCGCGACGCCGGCCGAGGGGCCGCCGGGGCCCCCCGGGAGCCGGGACGGGGCUCCGAGAGAGCGGACGCCGCCGUGGCCGCCGUCGGGCCGGGAGGGGAGUUCCAAGCCAAGGACCCCUCGGACGGCGGCGGCCAGUACAGAAACCUCUCCUCCGGGAGCUACACCUUCGAGAAGGAAGAGGUGCGCAUCGAGUACGGGGCCGGCGCCCCGGCCAUUCAGCUCUGGAAGUCCUUCAAAGAGACCAUCCCCCUGUACGACGUGGCGCCCGGCAAGGCUCUCCCCGAGAGCGUGGGGCCGUGCGACCUGUACUCGGUCAGCUCCUGCGAGGGGCUGAGCGUGCUCUACGACCCCCCCGAGGCGGCGGAGAUGCCGGCGGGGGCGUACCCGGACGACCCCAAAGGGGAUCCGGAAGCCCCGCCGGGCGCAGAGACCCAGGAACGGGGCCCCGGUGCGGAAACCGCGGGAGGGGCCGGGGAGCCGGGCGGCCCGAGCCGACCGGGCGGCGUCGCCUCGCCGAUCGCGGGCCGGGCCUGGUCCCCGGCGGCCAAGCGGACCCGUUCCUCGGGCUCCCGGACCCAGGAAGAGCCCAGCCAGCCCCAGGAGACGGAGGCUGACGACCCCCGGCCGAAGCCCGGGGCCCGGAGCUCCUACGACAGGCUGACCAAGAGCCUCUGGGACGAGGAGUCGCUCAAGAGGUACGUCUCUCCCCCGAGCUGGUUGGCCCGCUUCGACAGCAUCGACGCCAGCUACCACCACGGCCCCGGCCCGUCCCCGCGGAAGCACCCCAGCGCCGCCUUUGGGGCGGAGGACGUGCCCUCGUGGGACGAGGAGUCCUCCGGGGACCUCGCCGCCUCCGACUUCGUGGCGGAGAAGAGCGCCUACGCCUUCCGGAAGGGCCCGGAGCGGACGGGAAGGGAGGCGAUCGAGGGAAGCGGCUACCUGGACGAGGAGCCGCCCCCCGAGGUGGCCGGCAGGAGGGGGUACGGGAGCUGCCCGAGGCCGAGGAUCAAGGAGGCGGCGGACGGAGGCGGGGAGGCAGCCCCCGCCUGGAGGUCCGGCCGCAGGGCCGCCUCCUCGCCGAAGGCAAAAGCCACAAGGAGUCUGUCUCUGUCUGACCCCGAAGACCUGGAGGACUACUGGGUGGUGGGGGUGGAGGAGGAGGAGGAGAUCGAAGAAGACGAGGACAAGGUGAAAGUGGAAUACCUCUUUCGAAAAGCCGGCCCCCGGGGCCUCCCGACUCCCGGGGGAGGCGGCUUCUACAGGCAGUUGGCCAGCGGGUGCUGCGGGAGCCGCCUCGGAGCGCCGCGCCUACCCAGAUCUUCAGCCGGCCCGCCGGGGACAGGCGGAAACCCAAGAGCGAGUCGUACUCGGGCGGCGCGGUGAUGCGCAGGCUGAAGGAGAAGGAGCGGUUGGACCUGGCCUUCCGGGACCACCUGAAGAGGUGUUCGGUGGCCGAGCUGGAAGGG